AUGGCAGCAUCGCUCCCGGUCUUCACCAACCUCGAAGACCUCUACCAGAAUCUCGGCACGUCCCUCAACCUCGUCAAACUGAUCUCACUUCAUUACUCCUUUCCCCCACGGGAGCACAUCGACUACCAGCUCUUUGGAUGCUUUCCUGCCGCCAUCGAGCACGAUAUCCUCAUCGCCUGCGCUCCCUGUUCCCCCACUGGUAAUAGCCACGGAGAUGUCGUCACUGAGAACCUGUACCCCACCCUCGGCGCUAUCGGUAUCGAAGACAUCCCAAAGGAUGCCGCACACGUUGAAGAAUGGCACCUGGACAUCAACAAGUCGGAACUGAGGUGGGAGAGCUACGUCAAGGCCGGGUACUACAGGGCCUUGAACCAUUACUUUGCGCCUGGCGAGACCGAGCAGCCGAUUCCGGUUGAUCUGCUUGUCACUGCCUCCGUUCCUCCUGGCUUGGGUCCUUCAAGCAAUGCGGAACAUACCAGAACUCACGCAGACUCACGCCUGCCUAUCCAUCCACCCACCUGCCCUAAGCCUUCCUCCUCAGAACUCAUCCCUAUUUGCCCUCGCCCUCCGUUUCUGCACGUCCACCCUCGUAAUGCCCUCUUGUGCCUUCAAGGCCUGUGUGAGCUGACUCUCAUCCGGAGUGUCUGCUUGGGGGAUGAGGUUGAAGACGUGAAUGUUCGCCAUGUCGCCCGGGCCAACUGGACCAACGUGCUGCAACGAGGCAAGUGCUGGAUGCUGCGAUUCUGGGCAUUACUGCGCUUGUGCUCGGGGACAGCAGCUAUGACACCGAACUCAACCUCUACCUCGAUCUCCUCGCCGAACAUCAACACCGAACACCAAGUCGGCGGCGGACGUCACCGUAUCGCUAGUACCAACACCCCCAACGCACCAGUGUUACCCACCGCUAGUGCCGUCGCCUCCGACAAUACGCCGCCUCUUAACUUGCCAUCCGGUGGUUCUACUACGUCCGAGCCCGGCGAUGAUUCAACAACGGUCCCGCGCCGGAGCUCCGUCCGUGGCACCAUCCCGAGCACACGCAACGAGAUAGCCAAUAAGAUCGGGCCUGUGCGGAAGAAGCGCAAAGCUGCCUCUGAUGAGCAAGAUCCAGAGGAUGGCCUGGAGGCUGCCAAGAAGUUGAAGCCUGGCAAACCUGGUCAUAAACCCGGAGGGAAAAAGUAA